UUUGAAUUACGUUGAUUAAAUAUCGUUCAUUGUCAAAAAUUAUAACGUUUUUAGAAAGAUAAUUGAUUCACUAUCAAACGUGCAAUAAUACUAUUUCUUAUUGUUUCUUACCCUCGGCACGCACACGAUCUAAAAUGAAUAUAGCCCGUUUUUUAUGCAUUGCCACAUAAUAGUUUAUCAAUUUUCUUCUUACCCUCCAUGAAAAAAUAGGUAAAUAUGUAUAGUUCUCGCUAGAAAUCAGAAAUAAAGAAUGCCAAAAAUAAGCUAUAUUAACAUCACUUGAAAUUCGUAGGUUGAAAUUAAGCCAAGUCGUACUUAAAUCUUUCAAGAUAUUUUAGCAAGUAAUUGAUGAUUGUCUUUUUUACGAAUAAUGAACUCAGUGCAACAAAAAAAAAAUAAUUAAAAAAAUCAAUUGUAGCAAAUUCAUAAUUUCUUCAGCAUCAAAAGUAAUCAUACCAUUUUUAUAUUGUAAUAUAAAUAAUCUGGCUUAUCUAAAAUUAAGAUUUUCACGCCCCUUUCAAUGUUCAUCAAUAUUGCAAAAUCUUCAUCAUUCAUUAUUAAUUAGAAAUUCUAUGCCUGGAAGUAUUCUGUUGUUGUUUUUCUCUUAUUUUUUUUUGAAAUGCAAAGACGCCAGACAGUAUGAUUAUGUUUAAUAAUUGCAAUUUUAUAUUUUUAUUACCCUCACAGAUAAAAACAAUCUUCAACUUUGGUGUAAAUUUGUACUCUCGAGGUUUUGCUUAUGGGAAUUUAACAUGAUCUAUGAGUUGCGAGUACAAAUUUACACCCAACUUGAGGCCCUUUUUCAACACCGUCGUAAAAUUCCUUUCUUGAAUACCCAAUGACACUGAAUAUUUCACUAGGCAUAGAAUCAUAUUUUAAGUACUCUCACUCUCUCUCUCUCUCUCUUUGAAUCCUUUGAGUCCUUGUCUUAUCAAUAAAAUUCAAUCUCUCUCACACACAAACACGCGCGCAUAUGUAAUAUAUAUGAAGUAAUAUAUUAUAAAGUAAAUGUUAUUCUGGCUAUUUAACUAUUUCCGUAUCAAGUAAUCCUGUCAGAUGUUAUCUAUCGGCAUCUGACUAAAUAAAUUAUAACUAAUGCAUGUAAAAGAAUCUCUCACAAAUAGUACCAAUCAAGUACUGUAUGUUAAUAUCUGAAAUCUUUAUCUCAUUAUGUCUUCACCAAAACAUUUCUACACUGUGAUUGAAUCAUUAAUUUAACUCCACGUUUUAAUAUAAUGAAAUUUGUCCAAAAAUAAAAAUCAAUCUCAUACUGUACAUCAUAUGUGAGUUUUAUAUUUGAAAGUUACUUGCUUCGGUAACUGACUUAAUUAUUCAGUUACAAUGGGUAAAGUAAUGCAAUUGAUGAAUAAUUCAACAACUGAAGAACAUUUAUUUCUAAAUUACUUAUUUUUAAUAAAAUAAAAGUUUCAGCCAGAUACUAAAAUGUCUGGUGAUACCUUUAUAAGAACAGCUAUUAUCCCAGUAGCGAGAUACCUAUUAUAUGUAUAUUAUUUUAUAUCCACACACAUAUCUAUGUAUAAUUUCGGAAAAUCACACAUGUAAAAGGAAACAAUAAGAAAGACAAACGUAGGAUGAUCUACAAAUAUAAGUUGUUUUUUAUUUUCUAUUUUGACUGUUUUCACAAGAAAUACUUGGAGCAGCCUACUUUACAAAUUUUAGUUUUUCUUAAAAUUUCAUGUUAUAAUAUUGUGUCCAAAAUGACUACCAGCUGCAACUGCCGUGAUGCUCAAAUUGUCGAAGGAAUAUUUGGUGAAAUUUACCCAGGGUCCUUUCAGUCGGCGUCAGGGGAUGCCGAGUAUGGUUCAAUAAGUAAAGAUUUUGGAAGUUUAGCACCAGUAAAAAUCAAGUCGUACACAUUGACCAAUAAUAAUCGCAUGCAGGUUGUCCUCAUUACUUGGGGAGCUACAAUUGUGUCGCUGAAGUGUCCAGACAAGUUUGGAUCAUCAGCGGACAUAGUGAUGGGCUUUGAUGAUUUGGACAGCUAUAUAGAUCCUAAUUUAAAUCCAUUUUUUGGAUCUGUGCUUGGUAGAUGUGCCAAUCGUAUAAAAGAUGGUAUGUUUUCCAUCAAGGAAGGAGAUUUUCAGUUAUCAAAGAAUGAUAACAAUGUACAUCAUUUGCACGGAGGGCUAAAUGGGUUUGGUCGACAAGUAUGGGAUGGACAUAUUGAUGGUUGUACUGUUGUAAUGACCUACCUCAGUAAAGAUGGAGAGGAGGGCUAUCCAGGGGAUGUUCUCGCAACAGUACGGUUCAAGCUGACACCUGACAAUAAAUUGGAAAUUAGUAUGCGGGCUACCACGUCCAAGUCUACAAUCGUCAAUAUGUCACAUGGAUCCUACUUCAACUUGGCCGGACAUGCUGCUGGUGCCGAGGAGUUGAACAAGCACAGAAUAUCCCUAAAUUGCGAUCGAUGGACUUUUGCUGAUUAUACAGACCCAGUCCCAACAGGUGCUAUACGCGGAGUAGGUGGGACUGUGAUGGACCUCAGAAUCCCACAAAUUUUAGGAGACUGUCUGAGCAAGGUACCACCUGGAGACGGUUACGAUCAUAACUUUUGUGUAUUGCGAAGCUGGCAACCUGGAGCUUUAUUUGUUGCACGGGCUCUCCACCCACAAUCUGGGAGAAUACUGGAAGUAUACUCCGAUCAGCCUGGGGUACAGUUUUAUACCGGAGGCCGCCUGCCACCUCAAGCGCCACCCGAUGACCAAUUUUCAUACGACAUUUGCCCGCAAAAACAGGAACAGAUUGAGAAAUCUGUGGAAGCAGAGGAACUAGGGGAUCGUUAUGAUGAAAUCAUUGGAGAGGGAGAGGAAAAUGAGGAUGAAGAGACAUUCAAAGAUUAUGAAUCCCAACCACCUCCAAUACUUGAGUUUAUUCCUGGAAAAGAACGUGCUGAGUAUAGAAAGCAUGGGGCAUUUUGCAUACAGCCGCAAAACUAUCCCAACGCUAUAAACCAUAAACACUUUCCAUGUUCAAUUCUUCGCCCAGGCCAAGUAUACUAUCAUGAUUUAAUUUACAAAUUUGGAGUUCAACUGGGAAACUACAUGUAAAUAGAAGCAGGUAAUGUAUACAACAAAGAAGUUUAAGAUCAAACAAAAAUUGUUACUAUUUGCCAGCAGAUAUCUCUAUAUCUGUGGAAUGAAACAUUUAUUCUAAUUGGUACAAACUCGACAUAUCAAUGGUAUAAUAGGUCAUUAUAACAGGAAAUUAAUCCUAUACAAUUGUCAACAUUAUAUGUACGUCAAUUAAUGACUACUAUCUUUUAGAAUUACUAGUGUGACUGUUAUAUAACUAUACAUAUGUACAAGUUCGGUCUAAUUUACCGUGAUGAAAGAUACUACAGGAAUGAAUAUUAUUUAUAAUAGUAACGGUUCUUUGCGAUAGGC